GUGAUAGCUCAUGCUUCCCCAUGCAGUUCUGAGCUGAAAGGAGAAUUGCUUGUUUUCCGUUUCGGUUCUGAGAAACUGCAGUGCAAUGGCUGGUUUGUGGCUGCAGCUCUCCUUGCUCCUGCUGCCCCUUCUGGGGGGAACUGAGGGGGCAUGGAAUGGGCGACAGAUUAGGAAUAAAUUGCACCAACUAAAGGAAACAGAAAACUUCAAAUCCUUCUACACUAAUCGGUGGAUGCCAAAAGGGGCCUUCCCCAACACGCCUUCAGUUGAAUCCUUUAUUGUCCAACCUUUGGACCACUUCAACCGACGUAACAAUAGCACUUACAAUCAGAGGUACUGGAUAAAUGAGCAGUACUGGAAUUAUCCUGAUGGGCCUGUUUUCCUGUAUAUUGGAGGGGAGGGCUCAUUAUCUGAAUUUUCUGUCCUAUCUGGUGAACACGUUGAGUUGGCACAGACCCACAGAGCUUUGCUAGUGUCUCUUGAGCAUCGAUUUUAUGGAUCCAGCAUUAACAUUGAUGGGCUGACACUGGAGAAUAUAAAGUUCCUAUCCAGCCAGCAAGCGCUUGCAGAUCUGGCAUCUUUUCACAUGUUUAUUUCUCAGAAAUACAACUUAACACGCCAGAAUACCUGGAUCUGCUUUGGAGGCUCCUACCCUGGGUCCCUCUCUGCUUGGUUCAGACUGAAGUUUCCACAUUUAGUAUAUGCAGCUGUGGCUUCCUCUGCACCAGUUCGAGCAGAACUGGACUUCACAGGCUAUAACAAAGUGGUUGCAUGGAGCCUUGCAGACCCAGUAAUUGGUGGAUCUGAAAAGUGCUUGGAUGCAGUAAAAGAAGGCUUUCAUGCUGUAGAUUCACUAAUACAGAAGGGAAACGUCACUCAGCUGGAGAAAGACUUCUAUUCCUGUGGAUCUCUGCAAGGUUCCGAUGAUUACACAGAAUUUGUUGGAAAUCUGGCAGACAUAUUUAUGGGGGCAGUGCAAUAUAAUGGAAUGUCUCCAAUUAGCAACGUGCAAAACAUUUGCCAGCUAAUGACCACCAAAGACAACUCCGCAUAUGAGGGCUUGCGAUCAGUAAACAAGAUGUACAUGAACUCCAUGGGUCUGAGCUGUAUCUCUAACUCCCAUGCCAAAUCUGUGGCUGAUCUAAGCAGCACCAAACUCAGUCUAAUUGGGGUUGGUGAGCGGCAAUGGUACUAUCAGACAUGUACAGAGUUUGGAUAUUAUCAAACCUGUGAGGAUCCCUCCUGUCCAUUCUCCCCUCUCAUCACCCUGAAGUCCCAGCUUGACCUCUGUUUCCAGAUUUUCCAGGUUCCUACAGAGUCUGUGCUUCAGUCAGUGCAAUUUACCAAUGAAUUCUAUGGGGCUGAUUUUCCAAAAUCAAGCAGGAUCAUAUUUGUUAAUGGUGAUGUUGAUCCAUGGCAUGCUCUUAGUGUGCUAAAGAAUCAGUCACGCUCAGAAAUCGCCAUCUUUAUCAAUGGCACAUCUCACUGUGCAAACAUGAACCCAUCCAGCACCAGUGACCCACUAUCCCUGCAGGAAGCAAGAAAGGAAAUCGCUACACAGGUGGCCACUUGGCUAAAAUCCGCACAGAGUGAGAUGGGAGGUUGAUGAUAAAUCCUGUAAAAUAGACUUUUGCAACUGGACGUCCUGAGUUUACAUGAAGAACAUACCAAAAAAACUGGAAGAUGUACUAGAAAUUCGUUUUUAAUUUUCUAAUCAUGUGAAUAUUUUGUGAUGUCUGAAUAGUGCUUUUAUUUUUAUAUUUUUGAAGUGGAGCAAUACAGAUUACUUAAAAGGAUAAAAAAGGUAUAAGAAAUGGUUUUAACUUAUAUUAAUAAAAUGUCUUACUCUGGAGCAGGUGUGCUAACACAGCAGCUUAUGUGUGGAAUAGUGGAAAACCAUCAUGUGUUUAGAGCAGAUUUCCCCCAGACUUAAUACAUGAUAGAAAUAUACUGCAGCAAAAUGUUGUAAACCAUUAUUUCAUAUUUCUACAUAUAAAGGAAAAGUGAAUGGAAAAAUAAUUUAGGCUUUAUAGCCACCUAAAGUAUACAAUGCUGAAAGCUUUGCUCCUGCCUAGUCAUACAUUUCAAUGCUAUUACAUGGUUUUAUAUCCAAAGGUUUUCAAUAAAGCUAAUUAAUUUAUACUA